CGGGCGGAGCGGAGGAGGGGGCGCGUGAGUCAGGCGGAAGCCGCGCGGGGCGGAGCCGGGUGGGGCCGGACCCGGGAGGCAGCAGACCCGGCCCGCCGCCCAGUUCACGCCUCGCCGCUCCUCGCUCGCAGCCCUGUUCUUCGCUCCUCUCGGAACAUGGCAAAAACAUCCAGCCCUACAGAGACUGAACGGUGCAUCGAGUCUCUGAUUGCUGUUUUCCAAAAGCAUGCUGGAAGGGACGGUGACAACUGCAAACUCUCCAAGGCCGAGUUCCUUAUCUUCAUGAAUACAGAGCUGGGUGCCUUCACAAAGAACCAGAAGGACCCUUGUGUCCUUGACCGCAUGAUGAAGAAGCUGGACCUCGACUGUGAUGGACAGCUAGAUUUCCAAGAAUUUCUUAAUCUUAUUGGCGGCCUGGCCCUAGCUUGCCAUGACUCCUUUAUUAAGAAGUCUACCCCUUCCCACAAGUAAAUCGGAGGAGCCUUUGGGCCUGGCCUCCAGCCCCACUCCCUUUCCUUCAGCCUCCCAAUUAUCAUCUACCCCUCACCGCCCACACAUACCCUGAGCCCAGUGCACCCACCACCCCAUGCAGGCCACUCCUGCUGGUAGUAAUAAAAUAAUAUUGUUUUUUGAAGCACA